AUGAAAUCCAGCCCCUCGACAUCAGCUGCCAACGGGUGGAAUGACUUCAAGAUGCUCAAGAACUAUCUUAGCGGCCAAGCUCCUAUGGAAAUGGUGAUAGAUACAGCACUUCGGCUCAGGGAUAAGGCGUGUACACGCCGCUUUGAAGCCUUCGCGUUCCACCAUGGUGCAGCCACGCCAUACGACCGUGAUCGCCUUAGGGCUGAGUGGGAAAUAUCCACCCGCGUGCCGAAGAAUUAUGGGGGUUACCAUCGCCAGUGGAACCUGCAACAAAGUGAUGAAGCCACUAUUCUCAUGGUGGAGCUCAAAGAUUGGAUUGUGAAUAAGGGCCUCCCCCAACGAGAAGUUGAGCAAAGACUCAUGGCUUUUGACUUUGUG